GGAUGAACCUUUGCCCUAUAAUGGACCUCUUGUUUUAAACUAACAAACCGCCUACUUGUUUCUGUGAUGAGUACGGUACGGCCCAACAAUCAUAUAUUUUCAUAAACCCUUACCACUGCAAAUUCCUAAACCCUUCAUCCAAUAUCCACGCUCGCCUCCAAUGGAGAAAUUCGUCUUCGAACCGCCCAGCGAUGAGGAAAUCGACCAUAACAUUGAGACCGAGUCCGAAGAAGAAGCUGAAGAUUCCGACAACGAAGAAAUAGUACGGAAAAACAAGAAAACCUUGCCUUGGGACUUCUCCUCCUACACUGAAUCGAUCGCCGACGAGCACGCGAGGCGGAGAACCACUUCGGUGGACUACAAAAUUAGUAAAGCUCUCGAGCGCCGCCCGAUCGCCGCAGGAUAUGAUGAUUCCGAGGAGCGUUCGGAUUCCGAAAUCGAGAUCCAAGAGGGUUAUAGGUCUGAGGAGGAGGACGCCGUGCCAACGACAAGUGGAAAUGAUGCAAAGGCGUUCUUUUCGAACCUGGAUGGUGUGUUGUUCAAGGCUAACUCGUUUCUGGACCUUCAUCUCUCGAGGCCAUUGCUUCGGGCGUGUGAAGCUUUGGAAUAUAGUAAGCCCACUCCCAUUCAGGCUGCGUGUAUACCUUUGGCCUUAAAUGGACGUGAUAUAUGCGCGAGUGCUAUUACUGGAUCCGGGAAGACAGCUGCUUUUGCUUUACCAACCUUGGAGAGGCUUUUGUACCGGCCAAAAAAUAGGCCAGCUGUUAGAGUUCUAAUUCUUUCACCUACAAGGGAGUUGGCUGCUCAGAUUGGUAGUAUGAUCAAGCAACUUGCUCAGUUUACACCGAACAUCAGAUGUUGUGUGAUUGUUGGUGGUGAUUCAACAAAGGCGCAAGAAGCAGCUUUAAGAACAUUGCCGGAUAUAGUUGUUGCUACUCCAGGACGUAUGAUAGAUCACCUGCGUAACUCUAUGUCGGUACAUCUGGAUGAGCUUGCAGUUUUGAUUCUUGAUGAAGCUGAUCGGCUUCUUGAGGAAGGAUUUAGCCCUGAAAUUAAUGAACUGGUAAAAUUAUGUCCUAAAAGGAGACAGACCAUGUUAUUUUCAGCAACUAUGACUGAGAAAGUUGAUGAGCUUAUCAAGCUUUCCUUGAAUAAUCCUAUACGCCUGGCAGCUGAUCCAACAGCAAAGCGGCCACCUGGGCUAACUGAAGAGGUGGUUCGCAUACGCCGAAUGCUUGAAGGAAAUCCAGAAGCAGUUCUUCUUUACUUAUGCUCCCAGACCUUUACUUCUAGAGUGAUUAUUUUCAGUGGUACCAAGAAGGCAGCUCAUAGAUUAAAAAUUCUAUUUGGGUUAGCUGGCUUGAAAGCAGCUGAGCUUCAUGGAGACCUCACCCAAGCCCAGCGUUUGAAUGCCUUGGAUGUUUUCGGGAAGCAGCAAGUGGACUUUCUAAUUGCAACAGAUGUUGCUGCUCGUGGUCUUGAUAUUACUGGUGUUCGUACAGUCAUUAAUUUUGCAUGUCCACGUGAUAUUACAAGUUACGUCCAUCGAGUGGGUCGCACUGCCAGAGGUGGUAAAGUAGGAUAUGCUGUUACCUUUGUUACUGAUGAAGAUCGGUCUCUCCUACGCACUAUCCUUAAACAAGUUGGUUCGAGGAUGAGGAACCGAAUUGUAUCUGAACAAUCAAUACGGAAGUGGUCUGAAAUAAUUGAGCAAAUGGAAGAUCAAGUAUCAUCAAUUAUUCAAGAAGAGAAGGAAGAGAUGGCACUAAGAAAAGCUGAAAUGGAGGCUACAAAGGCAGAAAAUAUGAUCGCACACAGAGAUGAAAUUUAUUCACGCCCUAAAAGAACGUGGUUUGCUACUGAAAAGGAAAAGAAACUUGUUGCUAAGGCAUCGAAGGAAGCUUUGGAUAAGGGAAAAGGUUCUGGACGUAACACAAUUAGUGCAGAAGAAGCAGAGGAGUUGAAGAUGAAGGAAAAGAGAAAGCGAGAGCACGAGAAAAACUUGCCAAGGAAAAAGCGAAGGAAAUUGGAAGCGGCUAGAGAGAUGUUAGAAGAUGAGGAUGAUGUCAAGGGUGGAGAGAAAAAAGAUAAAGGGAAAAAUGGUAUUUCUCUUGUUGAUGUGGCAUAUCGAAGAGCAAAAGCAGUCAAGGCUGCAACAAAGGCUGUUGAUGCUGGCAAGAUUGUGAAAAAACACAUUAAAAAUCCCAAGCAUCCUUCACAAACAACUAAAUCGAGAACAGAUGAAAUGCAAGAACUUUUCCAGGAUGACAUGAGUGAGAAAAGGCAGAAAAGAACCCUAAAAGGUGGUGCGAAGAAGAAGUCCUCAUUCAAGAGCAAGUCACGGUACAAGCGCCGGUAGGUUAUAAGCGUUCAGAGGCUUAGGAUAUUGGAAUCUUACCCAUCUAUGGCAUUUGAAUACGGUACCGUCAAAUUGAUGUUACUUCUGAAGUGAUAUUGCUGUUGUUAUAUCAAAUUUUGAGUAUAUUUAUAUUUUCAAAUUAUAAUACUUUAGUCCCUUAUUCUACUGACGAAUACAGUACUGAAAGUUCAUUUCCUUGUAGUCUUUUUUUAUAUCCAAGGUUUAACUGGAAUAUUUGCAUUUGAGAAAUUUUUAUAAAUAGAAUCUGCAUUUUUGAGA